AUGAGCUGCUGUGGUUGUUCAGGAGGCUGUGGCUCCAGCUGUGGAGGCUGUGGCUCCAGCUGUGGAGGCUGUGGCUCCAACUGCUGCAAGCCUGUGUGCUGCUGCAAGCCUGUGUGCUGUUGUGUGCCUGCCUGUUCCUGCUCCAGCUGUGGGGGCUGCAAGCCCUGCUGCUCUUCAGGUUGCGGGUCUUCCUGCUGUCAGUCCAGCUGUUGCAAGCCCUGCUGCUGUCAGUCAAGCUGCUGCAAGCCCUGCUGCUGUCAAUCCAGCUGCUGCAAGCCCUGCUGCUGUCAGUCCAGCUGCUGUAAGCCCUGCUGCUGUCAGUCAAGCUGCUGUAAGCCCUGCUGCUGUCAAUCCAGCUGCUGCAAGCCCUGCUGCUCUUCAGAUUGUGGCUCAUCUUGUUGCCAGUCCAGCUGCUGCAAGCCCUGCUGCUGUCAAUCCAGCUGCUGCAAGCCCUGCUGCUGUCAAUCCAGCUGCUGCAAGCCCUGCUGCUGUCAGUCCAGCUGCUGUAAGCCCUGCUGCUGUCAGUCAAGCUGCUGUAAGCCCUGCUGCUGUCAAUCCAGCUGCUGCAAGCCCUGCUGCUGCCAGUCCAGCUGCUGCAAGCCUUGCUGCUGUGAGUCAAGCUGCUGCAAGCCCUUCUGCUGUCAGUCCUGCUGCUGCUGCAAGCCCUGCUGCUCUUCAGGCUGUGGGUCUUCCUGCUGUUAG